GUUUCUCGUUUCUGAAAAACACGGCCCUUUUUAAGUUCGGUGGGGGAAGAGAAAGGGGGACGCUGAAAUACGAGCAAAGGACCGAAGACUGAGAGGCAAGAGUCCGGUCUUUUACACUGGAAGAUUAUUGUCAAAUCAAAGGUUUAUACAUUAAAAUGUUAUGUUUGCAUCGUUAAGGGUUGGCUAGCUAUCACUGAAGCGAGUAUCUUGGUUAGCCAUUGCUAGCUAACAUUGGCUAACAGCUAGCUAGCUAACCCAUUUAGCCUGCUAACAAGCUACCAACACGGAAGGAACGAUAAAGCCAAAUAGAAUCAACUCGAAACGAAGCCAAGGUCUUGACUGCCUGCAUAUCCACAAAAAACAAGUAAAAUGGCGGAGCCGGACAAACUAAACAUCGACUCCAUAAUACAGCGUCUUCUGGAAGUUAAGGGCUCUCGGCCAGGGAAAAAUGUUCAGCUGACAGAGAACGAAAUCCGUGGCCUAUGCCUAAAGUCCCGCGAAAUCUUCCUCAGCCAGCCAAUCCUGCUCGAGCUUGAAGCACCGCUCAAGAUCUGUGGUGACGUCCAUGGUCAAUACUAUGACCUACUGCGGCUGUUUGAGUACGGAGGAUUCCCCCCAGAGAGCAACUACCUGUUCCUGGGUGACUAUGUGGACCGGGGGAAGCAGUCCCUGGAGACCAUCUGCCUGCUGCUGGCCUACAAGGUCAAAUACCCCGAGAACUUCUUCCUGCUGCGCGGCAACCAUGAAUGUGCAUCUAUAAACCGUAUCUAUGGCUUUUAUGAUGAGUGUAAAAGACGGUAUAACAUCAAGCUGUGGAAGACCUUCACAGACUGCUUCAACUGUUUACCCGUAGCUGCCAUCGUAGACGAGAAGAUCUUCUGCUGCCACGGAGGCCUCUCACCCGACCUCCAGUCCAUGGAGCAGGUGCGCAGAGUGAUGCGGCCCACAGACGUCCCCGACCAGGGCCUGCUCUGUGACCUGCUAUGGGCCGACCCAGACAAGGACGUCCUGGGCUGGGGGGAGAAUGACCGCGGGGUCUCCUUCACAUUCGGGGCGGACGUGGUGGCCAAAUUUUUGCACAAACACGACAUGGACCUUAUAUGCAGGGCACAUCAGGUGGUAGAAGACGGUUACGAGUUCUUUGCAAAGAGACAGCUUGUUACUCUAUUCUCAGCCCCUAACUACUGUGGGGAGUUUGACAAUGCUGGUGCCAUGAUGAGUGUGGAUGAGACCCUCAUGUGCUCGUUCCAGAUUCUCAAGCCUGCAGAUAAGAAGCUGUAUUCUUACGGCGGCGGCGGAGGAAUGGGAUCUGGACGCCCUGUUACACCACCACGAAAUUCAGCCAAGGGUGGAAAGGCCAAGAAAUAACACCCACUUGACCCCUCCCCCUGAACCAAGCCCCACUGUCGCCCCCCCCCCCCCCCCCCCCCCCCUCUUUCUCUCUACCUCCCCACCAUGUCCCUCACCAAACAGCAACAAAGCCAACAGUACCUUGGGUUUUGUUCUCUGGUACUGUUUUAAACUGUUUGAGUGUGUGUGCGUGUGUCUGAAAGAGGAUUUUGUCAUUCUGUUUGUAUGUCUUCCCUCUGCUUCUCCUGUAACUUUUUAGAUGAAAUGGGUCCUACUUUCAGUGAUAUAAAUGCACACCUCGGGGUGGGGGGGGAGGGUGGGGGGGUUGGGGAGAGCAAAGGAGCCUUUACUGUUUGUUAGGGCCCUGCACUGUUUUAAUGAAAACAAGCUUUUGUACAUCCUGUUUGAGAGGUGUGUGUAGAAUGGAGUCCAGUUGCAUGGUGAGAUGGUAUCAGUGACACACAACACACAACCGAGAGCACGGGUGGAUAUGUGCAGACAGACCCUUUAGUUUAUGGAUUCACAAAGAGCCGGAGGCAGUUUUCCUUUUUUCUAUUUCAAAAACCUAUGAUUUUGAAACGUAAUUAUGGAUAUGAGUUUUGCUCUUUUUCUUUCAUUUUUUUUUUUAGUUCAAAAGAUCUGUUGCAUUUUAGUUAUUUGGAAGUUGAUCAUUAAUAAAGAAACAUUUAUUUAAAAA